AUGCGAGCUACUGUUGAUGGCCAUGGAACUCCAUAUUUUACCACUACGUUUCGAACUGUGUUAAAAAAUUUACUUGAAACAAAUAUUAACUAUGAUGAAGAAGCAGCUGAAGCUUUAUAUGAUUGUGAAUUGACAUUGUUUCAACAAGUAACUGGUACUGUUGAUUCAGUGUGUGUCGAUUUACAAAUUAUAUGUCCAAGAUGCAAAACGAAAACGACAAGUACUGAUCGAUUAGUAUGCUGUUCUAAUAGCACAUGCAGUGCUACAUUAAAAUCUAAAGUCAGUUCAAUUCGAGCAGAUAUAACUAUGAGUGAAACAGAUGGAACGAACAUCGUUUAG